GCAACGCAUCAAAAAAUGCUUCAUUUAACGAUCCAUUACAAGAUAUGAGAUACGGAAAAGAUACGGAAAAGGUGGCCUAUUAUCAAAUAUCUGAAUUAGCAAAAGUUAAAGCACUAUUUGAAAGAGACCGAUUUAUUAAAAAAGAAUAA